AAAAAUGUGUCAAAAAUUAAAAAAAAUCAUUCGUUGUCAGUAUUUAACAUAAUGACUAUCAGUUCAUGUAACGCAUAAUAUUUAUUUGCAAACAAUUAAAAAUAAUUUUGGUAUAUAGGUCUAUUUGGAAUAAGGCGAUUAAGCAAAAUCUUUUACAAAUAUAAAUUUAAUAUAAACAAAAAAAUCCAAAUUCGCAUAUUGCGUGAACAUUGGCAUAUGCAGUAGAGUUAUAUUAGGCAAUAUAUACAAAAUUGAAGCGAUCGGGAAAGUGAAAAUGUGGUGGUUACACGAUCUUAGGCUGUUGCAGUAGCACGCGACACGUGUCACGCAUCACGCACACAUCUCCAAUCAGCAGGUGAAAUUGUGCCGGGUUGUAUAAAACAGUGAUUGAGCAAAGCUUGUAGAAAAACAAAGAAACCAGCAAAUCUACCGAAGUAAAUGUUAUUUUGAAUAGUUAUCAAACGGCAUAAACGAAUUAUACAAUUCACCAUACAAAAAAAAAUACAAAUAAAAACUAAUAACAAAUUGCAAGCAGCUUACAUAUUAGCCAAGCCAUGGUGACAGUUGGACUGCUAACCCGAUUCCUGGGAAGUGGCAGCAGCGGAAUUAGCAGCGGCAUUGUCUGUUUGCGAUUAUUAAGGCGCCUAAACAGCCCGACAGUCAGUCUUCAAUUAACUCCACGAUGCCUCAGUGUGCUGGGCAAUUUGAAUGGCGGCAAAUGCAAAUCAACGACGACGACAGCGAUAACGACGCCAGGAACAUGGCCGGCAUCAACAAUGUUGUCCCCGCUGCUAUUGGCCAAAUAUCGCAGCUAUGCGCGGCUGAGCACCAAGUCAACGGUUCAAUCCAGCUCGACGGCAAGCAAAACCGAGACCAAAUCCUCAUCAACGGCCACUGUGACGUCCCCCAGUUCAAGUUCAACGGAACUGUUUGGCGAGGCAGCUAACAUGGGUCUGUUUGCCAAAUUCAAGCACAUGUACAAACAAUAUUGGUAUGUGCUUAUCCCAGUGCAUGUGCUGACGUCAAUUGGCUGGUUCGGCGGUUUCUACUAUUUGUCCAAAAGUGGCGUGGAUGUGCCAGCCUUGCUGCAGUAUUUGCAUUUGAGUGAGACGAUCAUUGAGAAGGUGCAAGGCUCUGAUAUGGGUCACUAUGCCAUUGCAUACCUCUGCUAUAAAGUGGCCACGCCAAUACGCUAUGCAGUAACGCUUGGCGGCACCACGGUGUCUAUCAAAUAUCUUGUACAAUGGGGACAUAUCAAACCGAUGCCGACCAAGAAUCAAUUGAUCAAAAUGUAUGAGGACACAAAGGCAACGCGUGCUAACGCCAAGAGCCACAACAAAGACGAGCAUCAUAAAUGAUAGCUGUCGAUGUUGCCGUCGUCGGUGGCCCGGCUUAGGGCGCCGAAAUAACACCACCUCGUCACAACAACAACAAACUGCAUCAUCGUCUGCUGUUGCAAUUGUUGCAUUGCCAUGCGGCACAAUUCAGUUGGCUAGUUGUAUUAUCUGUUAAGCUGUUUUUUGGUGCACACUCGUUAGCCCGCUCGCCCCAACAAACUUUUUUGAAAUUAAACUCUCGACUCUCUUAGACGCUCUAUUGUUGAAACAAUUGGCACCAGAUCGGAAGUAAACAACAACAAUAAUCCUAGCAUACUUCAUACAUAUAUAUAUAUAUAUAUUUUGUAAUACCAUCAAUUUGCAUAAUUUCUGUGUUUAUGUUGGUCUUGUGUGUUAGUUACGAAACCGUUGCCCGCUGCCGGCUGCCAAAAAAGGAGCACCAUACUCACACACACAUAACCAAGACAUUUUUGCGCACACACACAACCAGAAUAGGGCAGCCUCCGAUACAAACAAGAAGUGUAGUAUAUAAAUAUAUACAUACAUAAACAUGUAUAUACUUAUAUAUAUAUUUUGUAAAUGUAAUUUAAAAAGUUAUCUAAAAUAAAAAUGAAUACAAAAAUCACCUGAUCGGUAUAAAAUGAAGAAACAUUCUCUACUUUCAAUUUGUCGCAAAAUACAUAAGUUGUGAAGUGGCGCCAUCUAUUUGUUGUUGCACUGACGAUCUCAGUUGCCACAGCCUCAAAGUAUGCCACAAAACUUAUUUGCAUAGGUAUUGCGAAAAUGUCCCAAAAUACAAAAUAAUUAAUUUCUCCGAUACUAACAGUACAAUAGAAUAUCCUACGGCCAAAUUAAGAGACCUAUUAAAAAUAUAUCGUUGCGCACCAAAUUCAGCUUGUCCCGAAAAUCAUUGAAUGACAAUAAAACGCAAAGUGAUUCGAUUUUGUUUUUGCAUUUUAUAUUUCGUUAUCAUUUUUUUUGUUUGUUUUUGUGUUUUUAUUUAUUUUUUGUUUUGUUUGUAACGUUAGUAAAAUAUCCAACAAUUAUAAUUGUAACUAAUAGUUAAGCCAGAAAAAAUAUAUAUAGUAGUAGUUGUUUCUUCUUUUACAAAUAAACAAUGUGUCUUGUUCUUUUUUUGUUUUGUUGUUUUGUUUUUAGUUGUUAUGCUCUGUGUAGUUGAGUGUGUGUUGCGAGUGUCUCUCGUGUCUGUUUGUAUCUGUGUGACAGUGUAUCUGUGUAUGUGUGAGGUGAGUAAGUGUGUGUGUAUCGGUUUAGUUAAUAGUAGUAAGUAGUAUGUAGGUAGGUAGGUGUAUUGUUUGUUGCUCGCUCUUGGAAACAAGUUACAUUAUGUACACAUAUAUUUAGUUCGAUCUCUCUGUUUCUGUAUUGGUGUUCAUCUCAUAUAUAGUUUUAUCAUUUACAUAAAUACAAUACAAUAAAUAAAUAAAUAAAUUAUAUAAAUUAAAUAGGCAACAAACUAUAAUCAUAAAGAUUUAGAGUUUCUCGUAGGCAACUUUUAAAUAUGCAUGUGUGCGGGGAAAGGAAGGCGAAAAUCGGAUUACACAGAAAAUAAGUAUAUUUUAACUAAAAUAAGUAUGUAUAGAAAAAAAACAAACAAAAAAGUUAUAUGUAAAUAUAUAUAUAUUAAACAAGGUUCUCCAUUAAGUAUUUCGUAUGCUGAUACGAAAUGUAAAUUUGAGACUAGUUUGGAUUGGAUUGCUUGAUGGUAUAAAUAAAACAAAAAAAAAAUCAAAUAAAUUAAAACAAAUAGAAUACAAAUUUGAAACGUAAUUUUUUUUAAGGUAUUCCAUGAUGUGUUUAGAUUAGUUUUUUUUUUCUUUCUUUCUUUUUGGUGUUCUCGUGCUAUUCUCAUCCAUUUUAGUUGGUUUUGUUUUUUAUAUUCUCUUUAUAAUUAACUGCUAGCAUUUAUCAUAAGUACGUUUCACAAUGCAGCUUCAAUUUGUUUCUUUCAUUCCUCUGUUGCACUUUACGCCAAAUGUUCUCUCUUAGUUGCAUUAAUUUUUGUUUUUUGUUUUGUAUUCUUUAUAAACUAUUCAUUUGCUAAAAGCUUUUUCUUUUUGCUAGUCAUUUUUGUUUUGUUUUUCAUUUGCAUUUUUAGUUCUCAUUUAGAAUGUGUUGGGGUCUGUUUGGUGUCGUCGUGUGUUAAUUAUGUUCAUGUGGUACCCCGUUUUAUAAUUUCGCGUUUUUGUUUCAGGUUUAAUUGUGGUUUCAUCAGUUAGUCAAUUUUUUGUUUUCUUUUGUUUUGUUAUGAAAUAUAUAUACUGAUUCAUUAUUGCACAAAUUAGCUUUGUUUGUCGGUUUUGUUUGCGAAAUCGCUUUGCUGCUUCAUAUUUGUUUGUUUUUUUUUUGUUUUAUAUUUUUUUGUUAAUUUAAUUUUGUUUCAUUUUACACAACCACUUGACACGGCUUUCAGCAAACCAAAAUGUUGUAUUGAUCUGUUUGUAUUGAUUGGAGCAUUACAAAUUCAGACAUACAUUAACUUAUAUCAUUGACAAUCAAAUACAUUUCGUGAGUUUUGUUUUUAAUUACAAAAAUUUAAGACGCGAAUUGAAUAAUUAAACAUAUGCUGUAGAAAUGCCAGAAAGAAUUUUGCUAUAUUUUGGUUAAAUUGUGGAAAGUUAUUAUUGUUGUGUUAUUUCUAUCUUGGCUUGCCGAAAGCUAUGUUGCACAAAUUGCUAUAAUUAUUAUUUGUAAUAUAUACUCUCAUUUUUGCUUUCUUUCUGUUGUUGUUGUUUCUCGGGUUCAAUUAAUUGUUGAUUAUCUUCCAUCGUCUGUUUUUUAUGUACACAUCAUUUAGCUUCGACCGUCGUCACACAUGAAAUCCAUUGCAUUGAUUCAUUUGGUUUCGUUUUGAGUUAAAAGUUAGUUAAUAUUUAUACGCACAA